AUGACAGGGUGUGAUGUUUGCAACCAUCUCUCUGUGUUUCUUUGUGUUGCAAACCAUCAUAAUCUUCUUCCAGGUUGGACUCGUUUUGCUCAGUUUUCUAUAGCUGUGGCGAAUAUAGAAUAUCCAAUGUUAACGAAAGAUAGUCUACAUACGUUUUGGAAGAAAGAACAUGAUUGGGGGUGGAAAAAGUUCAUUGAGUUGCCUAGAUUACAUCACGGAUUCAUCGAUGAUUCAGGCUCUCUUACAAUUAAUGCUCAAGUUCAGGUGAUUAGAGAUCGUGUGGACCGGCCUUUUCCCUGCCUUGAUGGUCAAUAUAGAAAGGAGCUUGGUAGGGUUUAUUUUUCAAGUGUAAAGCAGAUUUUCCUGAGCUUUAUGGAAGAGAAAAGAAGCAAGUUUGUGAAGUUGAUAGAGGACAAGACGAGAUGGACAAGCUUACGUGCCUUUUGGUUAGGGAUGGACCAAAAUUCAAGGCGAGUGAUGUCUCGAGAGAAAACGGAUGUGAUUCUAAAACUAGUUGUGGAACAUUUCUUUAUCAUGACAGAAGUCAAAUCCACUUUUGUGAUGGAUUUCUUGCUGUAUGGGUUACACUCUCUUGAAGGGAAAACGAAGGAGGAGAGAAUAAUACAUGAAAUCUCAAAACUAGCUGUGAAACACUUAUUCAUCGAUAAGGAAGUUGCAUCUCCUCUGGUGAAAGAUUCUUGUCACGAUAGAUUGAAGACUCUUGAAGAGGAAGUUGAGAAAGAGAGAGAAAUUGAAGGCAUAAAAUUGCCAACUGCAAUUGUUAGUGUGGACAAAUAUAUGUUUGUUUUAGUUGGUGAUGCGAUGUUACUCAUAGAGAAAGAUGUUCCUGAGCCACUGCCUGAAUUGUUGAAGCUCAGUAUAAUAUGGAGCGUGAUGAGAAGCAUUUAUGAUUUAACCGAGAUUGCUAGACAGGCUUUGGAGCUAUUGCGUUGGAAAGGCAAGAAGAGCUUAUUCGUGGAGAAGAAGAAGCAGAGAUGA